AAAAUAGGAACUGGUGUAAAAGUUGCAGCAAAGGGGAACAUGCGGAUUCCGGGCUCUGGUGGGGGGGGGAAGGUUGGACUUGGUGGAAAGGCUGAGCAGUGAUUGGUUGUCAGGAGGCGGGUUGUACCAGCCCACUGCAUUGAUAUACCGCCCAGAAGGACAGCACUGACUAUAGUCGCAGUGAAGAUUUCUCGGAGUUAAUUGAGUUUGUUGUUGUUGCUGCUGCUCUAGGACAAUGAGCGGCUGGCCUGAAUACGUUAAGACGCUGAUGGGCUACAGCGAUGUGGCAGAAGUUGCUAUCAUCGGCCAGGAAUGUAAAACCGUUUGGGCGGCGUCCGAGAACAGCAAUUUAGGCAAAAUCAAGAGUGAGCAGGUUACAUCAUUGCUGGGCAACAUAAAUAACUUACAGACAACUGGAGUAACACUGGGGGACAAAAAGUAUACUUUUGUUCGGCAAGAGGAGGAUGAUAGUAUACCUGGUGGAUGGAGUUGGCUAACUUUAUCUGCGAAGACUGAAGACAGAACCUCUGCAAUAGUUCAGAAAACAUGCAGAACACUAAUCAUCAUGGAAAGCAAAAACAGCGUUACGAAAGGAACCAACUUACUCUGUUAUGUGGCCCCGACAGUCGCCCACCUGAAACAGUCUGGUUACUAGUUGUGAAGUUUCCAUUUUGGCAGUGUGCUGGUCGACCAGUCUCACCAUUGCUACUGGGAGAUGAAGGUUCUGUGCUCUCUCAAGUGUACACAUUUGCCUGCUAAAAUCAAUUUUUGUGCUAUUGAUGUAACUUGCAACUAUAUUAAAAAUGCAAAAUCGAGUUCACAAGAUGUUCACGUUUUUGUAUCCAGUAUUACUGCCUUAGUAACUGUCCAGUCUUUUCUAAAGUGCAAUUGAAUAAAAAGAAAUCUCUCUUGCAUGAGCAA